AUGUCAGGGACAACGAUUGAUGAUGUCGUAAAGCGACUUAGCAGCGCGGACAUAGAUACCAAACUAAAGGUAGAAGCCGCCACUACGCUCCGCGACUCUUUGGAUCAUUAUACAAAUGGUCCUAUAUACCCCCCAUUCCUCAAGAGGUUGAUGCCGAUCUUUGUCAACAUCUUGCGCGGACCAUGCAUCUUCCAGAGUAACUCACCGGAGCAGAAAUUGCGAAACUGCAUCCUCGAGGUCCUUCACAGAUUGCCCAGCGCGCCGUCGCCAGCCGAGCCCCUCGAGCCCUACGCCAAUGAAGUCGUCGACCUGCUCAUGGGUCUGGUGCGCACCGACAACGAAGACAACGCAACGCUAUGUGUCAAAAUCACAUCCGACAUAAUGCGCCACCAGCACAAGACGCUGGCCAACAAGGUUCAGCCGUUCCUGUCGCUGAUUCAAGAGCUCUUCGAGCAGAUGGAUAAGGUCGUGCGUGAACAGCUGGAUAAUGCCGCUGCUCCUCCCUCGGUGGCUGGAGGCGCACCCUCCACACCCGGUGGCUCGCAAAACUUCCAGUCUCCUCGGCCCGCCUCGCCCGUUGCGUCUGUAAACGACCUCGGCGCCGAUCCUCAACAGCAAAAUCGACCGCUUUUGAAGGGAAUGCAAUCCUUCAAGGUCCUCUCAGAGUGCCCGAUCAUAGUGGUGUCGAUAUUCCAGGUGUACCGCAACACCGUUCAGCAAAAUGUCCGGGCAUUCGUCCCCCUCAUCAAGUCAGCACUGCAGCUUCAAGCUAGUGCACAGAAGCAAGCGCAUGCGGAGGCUGCCGCUAAGGGCAAAAUUCACACUGGCGUCAGCCCUGCCAUUAAGAACCGCGCGGCAUUCGGCGACUUCAUCACUGCUCAGGUCAAAACCAUGAGCUUUUUAGCGUACCUGCUCCGAGCACACGCUUCACAGCUCACGGAUUUCCUGCCAAGCUUACCCGAUAUCGUUGUGCGACUGCUCAAGGACUGUCCGAAGGAAAAGUCUGGCACGCGCAAGGAACUUCUGAUCGCCAUUCGUCACAUUAUAAACUAUAACUGCCGCAAAAUCUUCCUACCCAAAAUCGACGAGCUUCUCGACGAGCGCACAUUGACAGGUGAUGGAUUGACGGUGUACGAGACAAUGCGACCACUGGCCUAUAGCAUGCUCGCGGAUCUUAUUCACCACGUGCGAGACUCCUUGAGCCCGGAGCAGAUCCGCAAGACGGUCGAAGUCUACACAAGGAAUUUGCAAGACCCGUUCCCCGGAACCAGCUUUCAGACCAUGAGUGCCAAACUUCUAUUGAAUAUGGCCGAGUGCAUCGCGAAACUGCCAAAUAAAGUUGACGCCCGCCACUACCUCAUGAUGAUCCUCAACGCCAUCGGAGACAAGUUUGCUGCCAUGAACCGCCAGUAUCCAAACGCCGUCAAACUUUCGAAGCUCUAUCACCAACAGCAGGAGAGCAGCGCGCCAGAAACGUAUCUUGCCGAUAAAGAGAACCCUCCCGACUGGGACGAAACCGACAUCUUCUCUGCCAUGCCAAUCAAGACCUCGCAUCCACGCGACAGAGGUUCUGACCCCGUUGUCGAUAACAAGUUUCUCUUCAAAAAUCUCAUGAAUGGCCUGAAAAACACAUUUUAUCAGCUGCGAACAUGCAAUGUUGGGACCCCGAUUGAUCCAGCAAACGCGCCGUCACACUGGCAGGAAGUAGCAUAUGGCUUCACUGCAGAGGAGGUUAACGUCAUCGUCAAGCUCUUCCGUGAAGGGGCCUAUGUUUUCCGCUACUAUGAAAUCGAGAAACCGGCGACUGAGUCACAGUACUCUUCACCUGUUGAGCAAAUGGCGAAUUUCUACAUGAUUUCGAGUUCGAAAGAGGAAAAAGAUCUCCUGGAAACCUUUGCCACCGUUUUUCAUUGCAUCGACCCUGCCACCUUCCAUGAAGUCUUUCAGCAAGAGAUCCCACACCUGUACGACAUGAUCUUUGAGCACACAGCGCUGUUACAUAUACCCCAGUUUUUCUUAGCCAGUGAAGCGACGUCGCCGAGUUUUUGCGGCAUGUUAUUGCAGUUUCUCAUUGACCGAAUCGACGAAGUGGGUUCGGCCGACGUCAAGAAGGCCUCCAUCUUGAUUCGUCUCUUUAAGCUGGCGUUCAUGGCCGUGACUCUCUUUGCUGGGCAAAACGAGCAGGUUCUCCUCCCCCACGUGGUCAACAUUGUUACGAAGUCGAUUGAACUUUCGACCAAGGCCGAGGAGCCCAUCAAUUACUUCCUUCUUCUGCGGGCUCUCUUUCGUAGUAUCGGAGGUGGUAAGUUUGAACAGCUCUAUAAGCAGAUUUUGCCACUGCUAGAAAUGCUGCUUGAUGUUCUCAACAAUCUGCUCAUGGCUGCGCGUAAGCCGGCAGAGAGGGAUCUCUACGUCGAGCUAUGCUUGACAGUUCCUGCACGACUGAGCCAUCUACUGCCCCAUUUGAGCUUCCUCAUGCGGCCACUCGUUGUCGCUCUUCGUGCUGGCACUGAUCUGGUCGGACAGGGUCUUCGUACACUGGAACUUUGCGUCGACAAUUUAACUACAGAUUAUCUGGACCCGAUCAUGGCUCCAGUUAUCGACGAGCUCAUGACUGCGUUAUUUGACCAUUUACGACCACAUCCCUAUAACCACUUCCAUGCGCAUACCACUAUGCGCAUUCUUGGGAAGCUUGGAGGGCGAAACCGCAAGUUCAUGACUGCGGCUGUACCUCUCGCCUACAAGACAUAUGCGGACGAUUCGUCGAGCUUUGACGUUCGUCUGAUUGGUUCCAAGAAUGACAGAGCUUUCCCUGCCGACCUAGGUAUCGAUUUUGCUAUCCAGAAGCUCAUGGAAGUUGUCAAGAAUGGCAAAAGCAACCAAACGAAGCAGUACGAGGACUACUACAAAGGCCAAGCCCUGCACUUCAUCAAGACACAGCUCAAACUGCGUAUUGGAUACGACCAACUACCAGAAGACUUGCCGCGUGUUGUUCGACUACAGGCACAGGACCUGCUCGCGCGCAAACUCGACAUCAACUUUGCACCCUUUGAGAUUUCGAGCCGUGACAAGUCCAUUCCGAAGAAAGACGAGCAAGACCAAAUAACAAAGCGCCUUUUGAAAGCAGUCAUGUUUGCCUACUCUAUCCCCGACUUUAAGGAGAGUGCUUCAGCGUUCAUGCAAGAUAUUUGCAGACACUUUGCCCUGAUUGAAAUUGGAAGGUCACUUGUCGACUUCAAGCGCAACACGAGUCCGUUCGACCCAAAGGCUGGUGAAGGGCCACUUUUUAUCGAUACUCGUGUACUCUCCGAUGCUAUUGUCGAAUCAUUGGCUUCCGAUCACUUUGAGGUCCGCGAGGCUGCCCAAAAUGCUAUCCGCGAUCUGUUCCAAUGCGCAGCCAUCGUGCUCGGCUCUCCCGACCAUGUAGGCCGUCUACCCCUGUUCAGCCACCUGAGCAGUACCUUCUGCCACAGCUGCUAUGAAGAGGAGUGGUUCACGAAGGCUGGAGGUAGUCUUGGUAUCAACUUCCUCCUCACUGAGCUCGAUUUCGGCGAUCAAUGGGUUGCUACGAAGCAAAUGGAAUUCAUUCGCUCGCUCAUGUACGUCAUCAAGGACAUGCCGUCUGAUCUGCCCGAGAAGACGCGAUGCCUUGCCCAGACCAGCUUGGAAGUACUUCUCUACCGCAUCACGAAAAAAAUCAAGAAGGAAGAUGCUUUGCCCGUCCAGCAGCAGCAGGGACAACCCCUAGUGAAGCAGCCCCGGCUCGCGCAAAUCUGCAUGCAAUUCAACAACGAGUUAUUCCACAUGAACAAAUUUGUUCGCGAGACCGCCAAGGAGUCGCUUGAGCUCAUUGCCAAGGCAGCUAGCUGCGAAGUCUGGGAACUGGUUGAACCUUACAAGGAUCGGUUCUUGCAGCCCAUCUACGCCAAACCGCUACGCGCUUUGCCCUUCGCUAUUCAGAUUGGAUAUAUCAACGCUAUGACGUACCAUAUGAGUCUCAAGAGCGACUGGGUCAAGUUUGAUGACAACCUUAACCGACUGCUCAUGGAGUCGCUUGCUCUUGCAGAUGCUAGUGAUGAGUCUUUGGCAAACAAGCCAGCUGAGUACCGCACUCAUGAGCACAUUGUUAACCUGCGCAUUUCAUGUAUCAAGCUGCUAAGCACUGCCAUGUCCUUCGAAGACUUUUCCAACGGACCUACCAAAGGCAAGAUUCUGUCAGUCUUCUUCAAAUGCCUGUACUCGGACUCGAAGCCUACUAUUACUGCGGCCAACGACGCUCUGAAAUCCAUCCUACUCAUCGAUAGACGGCUUCCUAAAGACUUAUUACAAGGCGGUCUGCGUCCCGUUCUGCAAAGCUUGUCAGAUCCUAAACGCCUGAAUGUCAACGGUCUUGAAAACCUGUCCCGUCUGCUGAAGCUGCUGACAAGUUACUUCAAGGUGGAGAUUGGCGUGCGCUUGCUGGAUCAAGUCGACUCCAUUGUUGACCCCAACGCCUGGCAGCAGAUUUCCUUCACCUUCUUCGAACAGAACCCCCAGAUGAAGGUUAUUGCGGCAAUUCUGAACAUUUUCCAUUUGCUGCCAACCCAGGCCGAGACCUUCAAAGAGCGACUCAUCGAUUGCCUACUCAAACUUGAGGAUCGAUUAAGGAGGACGCACCAAAGCCCCUUCAGAUUGCCAAUGUAUCUGUACAUGAACAGAUAUGCCAAGGAGAUCUGGGGCUUCUUACUCGGCAGGAUUGAUGAACUUAAGUACGGGAGACUUCUUGCCCAAGUGCUCCUACAUCCAGACAGCGGCCCCAUGCGCGAGGUUGCCGCAGCGGAGUUCGAGACACUGCAGAAGAAGUGCAACGAGGUAGUUGGCCAAAACAACGAAAAGAAGUUUACCGCCAUGGUCAAUACCAUUCACGUCUUGCAUUCGCUUUCAGCAUACCCCGAGGCGUGUGAAUGGAUGGACAAGAAGGAGCAUCUUGUCUGGCUGAAGAACAUGGGCAAAGAUCUCGAGAGCCACCUCCGCAGCUACACAUGCCCCGCUGCCAUGCGCCUUCCUGCUCACCAAGCAGCUGAACAGCUCAUGGAUGUUCUGGUUAAGACAUUGGAACGAUCACCAAAGGAUUUGGAUGCGCUGUUCAGUCUGAUUGAGCCUGUCACCGCCGAGGAGCUCCGCUCGACGCAGGCACUCUUCUCGUUCAUCUACAGCCAAGUUAUUUCCAGCGAUUCAAUCGAUUUUUGGAAGACGACGGUGCUUCGAUGCUUGGACGCGUACUCUGCCAGAAACGUUUCCAACAAGACAAAAUACUUCUUGCUCCACAACAUUGUGAACCCAAUUGUUGCCAUGGAUGUUAUGAGACGCUGGAACCAAACGGAACAAGAGAAGCCGCUACGUUUCAUGGACAAGUCAGUCAUCGACGCUGUAAGCUCCAAAAUCUGGAAGGUUCACCCAGACAUGGCUUCGGACGACGCGGCUGGUAUUGAUCACACUAGAUUUGAGGUCCUCCAAUUGUCGGCAAUGCUCGUCAAGUACUAUUACACCACCCUACAAGAAGCUCGUAAGGACAUCAUCAAGUUUGGGUGGACGUUUAUUCGUCUUGAGGACAUUAUCAACAAGCAUGCUGCCUACGUCGUCAUCGGUUACUUCAUCGCACACUACGAAACGCCCACUAAGAUUGUGAACCAAGUAUACCUGUCUCUGCUGAAGACGAAUCAGAACGAGGGCCGUGCCUUGGUUACGCAGGCCCUGGAAUUGAUCGCGCCUGUUCUGCCCAAACGCUGCGCCACUUUGCCCAGCGAGAAAUUUCCUGCCUGGCAAGUCGCGCCUCGUCGCAUCUUGGCUGAUGAAGGACACAAUGUUCAGCAGAUGAUGAGCAUCUUUCAGUUCCUGGUCAAGCACCCAGAGUUAUUCUAUGACGCGCGUGAUAAGUACACCGUUCUUAUAAUCACGUCUCUACGCAAGGUCGCUGCGCCGCCAAACCCUUCCCACGAGCACAAGAAGCUCGCUCUUAACAUGAUGUGGUUGGUUUGGACCUGGGAGCAGUGGCGCGUUGAGGGAAGAAGCGGUAUCAUUGCCGGGUCGGUCUCACCUACUUCCAAGAAGCGCAAGCUUGACAGCAAUGAUCAGCCCGUCGCUUCACCUACACUUACGAAGGCUACGCCCGAGUAUUUCAUCCCCCCCGGCUUCCGGCAAAAAAUGCUCAAGUUCCUCGUUGAGUUCAUAGCCCAGCUUAAUGAGCGUUAUGUGCUCCCUUCUGCCAAGCCGCGGGAGCAAACGCCUACGAAUAUGCCCGUGCCGCAGCCAUCUACAGAGCUUUGCAAGAAGUCGAUGUCGUUGCUCUACAACUUGGUUCAACGCCAGUACUGGGGUGACCUGGAACUGGACUUGUUCCCCAAUGUCACUGAUGUUAUGCUCGCCAGUGAGAAGACGCAGGCUAUUCUCAAUGCCGACCCAUCCGACAAAGAGAAAUACGACGAGAAGUUCCUUACAAGCAUAAUCAAUACUCUGCAAGUUGUCCGCAUUCUCUUGAAUGCCAAGUCGGACGACUGGAUCCAAAAGAAUAUUCCCGCUGUGCAGAAGGUUUUGGAGAAAUGUCUGAAGUCUGAAAACCCAGAAAUCCAAGACUGCUUGCAUCUCGAAGACAAGAAAUACGACGAUGGCCGCGAACUGAAGUCCACUAUUAAGCGUGUCUUGGAUGCUGUCCCCGAGGACACUCCUAUGGAAGACGCCGAUGCGGAUGGCGAGCCUGAAGCACCGACUUCGGAGAUCAUUGCUUACUUGUCUCAGAUUGCGACUGAGCAAAUGAACAAUGCCGCUUACGUUUCCGGUGUCAACAUUCUAUGGUCUUUGGAGGACCGCAAACCUGCUGUCAUUGACCAGCAUAUCCCCUCUCUCAUGAAGGCUCUCCAGAGCAAGCAUGCCAGAGAACAUGUUCAGCACUACAACGCCCUGUCGAACGCCGCCAACGGAGCCCAGCGCGCUCCGGACGCUGCAGCUACCACCGGCGAACUUCCCGCGUACGAGCUCGAGCUUCAGACGAGAUUGAUGAUCAAAGAAAUCCAGGUCGUUGCGUUAAGGAUGGAGACUUUGGGAGACAAUAGACGCCCUUUUCUGAGCGUCUUGGCAACUCUGGUCGAAAAAUCGCUCCACAUCGAUCUCUGCACCGAGAUUCUCAAUAUGGUUGAAAGCUGGGUAUUUCGAGUUGAAGGAACGUGGCCGACACUUAAGGAGAAGACGGCUGUGCUUCACAAGAUGCUGUGCUUCGAGCCUAGGCAAGACCCUACAAUGCUGUCCAAGUUCCUGGAGCUGGUGAUCAAAAUCUACGAGGACCCCAGAAUUACCAGAACCGAGCUCACCAACUGGGACACCCUCGCCGAUUCAUACUGGCUGGCGCAAGCCUCGCAGCUCCUGUUUGGAGCUGUCGAAAUGAACUCAGCUAUCCAACUGCAUCCAGACGACUACCGGGUCCUAUCGGCGUCGCAGCUGGCUGCUGUCUACUCGAAGGACACGACUCGUGAGCCCACUGGUAUGCCGGAUGAUAAGUUUGAGGAUCUGAUGUCGAAACACCGCCGCUUCGUCCAGGAGUUGGGCGAGGUCAAGGUCAAGGAUAUUAUCGAACCCCUCGCGCAGCUGCAGCAUGCCGACAAUCAGCUCGCUCACCAGCUUUGGCUGGCCUUAUUCCCCAUGUUUUGGUCUGCUACGGCUCGUGAUGAGCGACCUGAACUGCAGCGAGGUAUUGUCGCUCUUUUGACCAAGGACUACCACAGCCGCCAGAUUGACAAGCGGCCCAAUGUGGUUCAAUCCCUCGUCGAGGGAGCCGGCAAAACUUGGCCAGAGUGCAAGCUGCCUCCCCAUGUACUCAAGUUCGAGGCCAAGACUUAUGACGCGUGGUAUGCGGCUCUUGUGCAGCUCGAAAAUGCGGCCAUCAAACCCAUGGGCGACUCAGCCACUGUCCGGGAAAGUAACCUGGACGCUCUUGUCGAACUGUACGGGUCUUUGCAGGAAGAUGACCUGUUCUAUGGUACAUGGCGGCGCCGCUGCCAGUUUGUGGAGACGAAUGCCGGUUUGUCCUACGAGCAGAAUGGCAUGUGGGACAAGGCACAGAAACUGUACGAGAAUGCCCAAAUCAAGGCGCGAACAGGUGUAAUCCCCUUUUCACAAGCAGAGUACAUGCUAUGGGAAGACCACUGGGUUCUCUGUGCGCAGAAACUACAGCAGUGGGAAAUUCUACAGGAUUUUGCUAAGCACGAAAACUUCCAAGAUUUGCUGCUCGAAUGUGCCUGGCGCAACACGGAGAUGUGGCAGGAAGAUCAACAUCGCGAAGCCCUGGAUAAUAUCAUCAAGGGUGUCAUGGACGCGCCAACACCUCGCCGCGCUUUCUUCCAGGCAUUCAUGUCCUUGCUCAAGUACCACAAUCAACAGGAGUCCAUUACUGACUUCGGCCGUGUUUGCGAUGAGGCUAUCCAACUUUCUAUUCGCAAGUGGCACCAACUGCCUGGUCGGUUGACCAAUGCGCACAUUCCCCUGCUGCAGAACUUCCAGGAGCUGGUUGAGAUGCAUGAUGCCAGUGUCAUCUGCCAGAGCUUGGCGAGCACCAAUGCUUCCAACCUCGAUGUCAAAUCUGGAGAGCUCAAGCUUCUUCUGGGUGCCUGGCGCGACCGUCUCCCCAAUGUUUGGGAUGACAUCACUGCCUGGCAGGAUCUUGUGACAUGGCGACAGCACAUCUUCGGUCUCAUUAACCAUACCUACCUGCAACUGCUACCUCAGCCUGGAGGACAAAAUGGUGGUGGUGCUGCGUCCUCAUUUGCCUAUCGAGGCUACCACGAGACUGCCUGGAUUAUCAACAGAUUUGCUCACGUCGCACGCAAGCACAAUCUGCCUGAUGUUUGCAUCAGCCAGCUCAGCCGCAUCUAUACUCUGCCGAACAUUGAGAUUCAGGAAGCUUUCUUGAAGCUUCGCGAGCAAGCCAAGUGCCAUUAUGAGAAUCCCGAGGAGCUCACCAGUGGCCUGGAUGUGAUCAACAACACCAAUCUCAACUACUUUAAUCCUCAGCAGAAGGCCGAAUUCUACACUCUGAAGGGCAUGUUCGAGGAGAAACUGAAGCACAAGGACGAAGCCGAUGCUGCGUACGGAACUGCUUUGUACUUUGACAUUGGCGCUGCCAAGGCGUGGGCCGAAUGGGGCCACUUCAACGACCGCAAGUUUAAGGAGAAUCCAGCCGAUCUGAUGGCUGCCCGUCAAGCCCUGACGUCGUAUCUGCAGGCCGCCGGUAGCUACAAAAACGCCAAAUCGCGCAAGCUUCUUGCUCGCAUAUUGUGGCUACUGAGCCUUGACGACUCGAAGGGCAGCAUUGCCGCGGGUUUUGAGGACUGCAAGGGGGACACCCCCAUCUGGUACUGGAUAACUUAUAUCCCGCAGCUACUUACCGGCCUGGGCCACAAGGAAGCGCCCCGCGUCUACCAGAUUCUGCUCAGCAUUGCCAAGUCUUACCCGCAGGCACUGUACUUUCAGCUCCGCACCAACCGAGAGGAUAUGCUGGUGAUCAAGAAGAACCAAGAAGCCAAGGAGAAGGCACGCCAGCGACAACAGUCCAUGGCAAACAACAAGGCAAACGCUUCACCCUCUGUGUCCAAGUCUGAAACGCCCAAGCCCGACAACGCAUCUCGUCCUGGUACUGCCAACAACGGCGAUGCCACUGUCAAGACUGAAGGCGACUCGGCAGCUACGCCUGCAACCCCGGCCACCGCAGCAGCAGCCUUUACUCCAGCUACUGGCUCCGAUGCUAAAACCCCGGCUCAGGCAGCACAGAACGGGAAGAAGCCACCGUGGGAGCUCACCGAAGAAAUCAUGUCGGUUCUCAAAACAGCAUUCCCUCUCUUGGCCCUGUCAAUGGAGACCAUGGUGGACCAAAUUCAAAAGCACUUCAAGUGUCCACCUGACGAGGAUGCGUACCGACUGAUUGUGGCACUAUUGAACGAUGCGUUGACAUACGUCAGUCGCACGCCUUCAUCCUUUGCCCGAAGCGUCAAGCUCCCUUCCGCGACCGAGACCAAUAUUACGCGUUUUGCGGAGACAAUCCUCCCGAGCCACAUCAAGAAGUCGUUUGAGGCUGACUUUGUGGAUGUCAAGCCGACAAUGUACGAAUAUAUCCACAAGUUGCGUCGCUGGCGGACCAAGUUUGAGGAGAAGCUGGAUCGUCGCAUCUGCCACACGCCUCUUGAAGCCUUUUCGCCUCACUUGAGCGAGUUCCGCUACCAGAAGUUUGACGAGGUCGAGGUACCGGGCCAGUACUUGCAGCACAAGGAUAAGAACCAGGACUUCAUUCGCAUCGAGCGUUUCUUGCCCAAUGUCGACCUCGUACGCUCUAUCAGCGCCUCGUAUCGUCGUCUGAAGAUGCGAGGUCACGAUGGCAGUGUUCAUUCGUGGGCUGUUCAGCACCCAGCCGCACGGCACUGUCGCCGUGAGGAGCGCAUCUUGCAGCUCUUCCGCCAACUUAACCAGACACUUGGACGCAAGAAGGAGAGUCGACGCCGCGACUUGCAAUUUACGCUACCACUCAUGGUCCCUCUGGCGCCUCACAUUAGAAUUGUGCAAGAGGACACGUCGUACAUAACGCUGCAUGGAAUAUACGAGGACCAUUGUCGACGUACGGGCAUGCAAAAGGACGAGCCUGUCCUGUUUACGCUGGAGAAACUCCGCGGUGUGCUUGAAAAUAAGAGCCAAGGCAAGCCAGAGCUGACCCCAACAGCGCGCCUCGAGGUCUUCAACGCUAUCCAGGAGAAGUGGGUGCCGCCAACUGUCGUCUUGGAAUACUUCCAAAAGGUGUUCCCUCAGUUUGCCGAGUUCUGGUUGUUCCGUCGCCAGUUCUCGUAUCAGCUGUCGUCGCUGACAUUCAUGACCUACAUCCUGUUCAUGCACAACCGCUACCCUGCCAAGAUGAAUAUUGCACGCGGAACAGGAAACAUUUGGGGCUCUGAGCUUAUGUCAUUCAUGGGAGCCAACAAGCCAUUCUUCCAUAACCCCGAGCCGGUGCCUUUCCGACUCACGCCCAAUCUGCAAACUCUCAUGGGCCCCCUGGCGACCGAAGGCAUCUUUGCGUGCGCCGUCAUGGCGAUUGCACGAUGCCUGACGGAGCCCGAGGAUGAGCUCGAGCACGCGCUGACGCUCUUUGUGCGCGACGAAAUGAUCUUCUGGCUGACCAGCAGCCACCGCAACGGCAUCAGCGAAAGCCAGCUGCGCGAGUCGGUGCAGGUCAACAGCGACUCGAUUGUCAAGCGCGCCGCAAGCUUGGCGCACAACCCUUCGGGCAACUUGCCUGCCAACCAGACAGUCAUUGAUGCGGUCGCCCAGGCAGUGAACCCAAUGAACCUGGCGCAGUGCGAUGUUCUAUGGAUGCCAUAUCUGUGA